GAGGUAAACCUCCUUACACUUCCUUUCCAGUGACUCAGUAUGAAUAAAUAGCUGCACCCACUUGUUAGGAGGUUCCUUUCAUUUCUUACCACUUCCAACAUCAUAUUCGAAGCUCUGAGACUUUCAGUUGGAGUACACCGGUGUGGACUUCAGUUUCUUGACAGUUCUGUCUUCCAAAAUUUUUCAGCUUUUCCUCAUAACUUUUUAAACUAGAUUAAUAUGGCGCCAACGAAUUGCCUCGCUCCUGUGGAAGUCACAUACAGGAACAUGAGAUUUCUUAUUACAUACAACCCAACCAGUGCAACCUUAAACAGAUUUAUUGAGGAGCUUAAGAAAUAUGGAGUUACCACAAUAGUGAGAGUGUGUGAAGCAACGUAUGAUCCUGCUCUUGUAGAGGAAGAAGGCAUUCAGGUUCUGGAUUGGCCUUUUGAUGAUGGGUCAUCGCCAUCUAAACAGAUUGUUGAUGACUGGUUGAAUCUUGUAAACAUUAAAUUUCAUGAAGAACCUGGUUGUUGUAUUGCUGUUCACUGUGUUGCAGGUCUUGGGAGAACUCCAGUGCUUGUUGCCCUAGCCUUAAUUGAAAGUGGCAUGAAAAAUGAAGAUGCAGUGCAGUUUAUAAGACAAAAGCAGCGCGGAGCAUUUAACAGCAAGCAACUUCUGUACUUAGAAAAAUACCGUUCUAAAAUGCGGCUGUGCUUCAAAGACUCCAGUGGUCACGGAUACAACUGUUGCAUUCAAUAAAACUUGGCUGCAUGAUGUUACAUAGCCUUGGAAGUGGAAAUCGAGAUAGAUCUAAUUUAUUGUUCAUGUUAACCAACGUACUGGCUUAGUGAGUCUAAUGAAUCUUUGUUAGGAAUAUUGGAAAGCCAAAAUUUUGACAGAAUUGAAUUUUUUUAAUGUUUUUCUUACCACCUUCCAUGCCGGAAAAAGUAUGUGAGAGAUUUAACGAGAUUAGGUGCCAAGAUACUCAGCAUAAUAGCUGCAUAUUUUGACUUGUAUGAAGUUAAAAUCCUAACAACUAUAAAGAGCACUUUAGAAAUUUUACUCCCACUUAAGGUAUGGUUUAUUUAUUAAAUGAUUUAAAACAUUGCAAAUAAAGCCUAUACAGUCA